UCUGCCGCCUUCUUCUGGAACCCAGCAGAAGUUUCACUUCAGGCUGCAUACGGGCAGAAACUAAGUAACCGUUCACGGAUAAGUGAUUCGGAUUUAGAAAGCGCCGAAGUGUAUUCUAGCUACCGUAAGCGCAGAACGAGAGGCGCGUGCACAGACCGCAGUGUCAGUGACAGAUCAGUGGUCGCGUGGAGCUGUGUGUUGGGUGUCGUCUGACUCCGGAGUUUCUGCUACAAUGACUGAAUACUUCAGCCUGGCGGACAGUGAUGUUAUCGGCUUCGACCUGGACCACACGCUGUGCCGCUACCAUCUGAAGGAGACCUCCAGGCUGAUCUAUGAGAGCUUUGCCAGGUAUCUGGUGGAGCAUAAAGGCUAUGACAAGGACCUGCUGAACCUCACUCCUGCUACCUGGGACUUCUGUUUCAAAGGACUCGUGGUGGAUCUGGAGGAUGGAAACCUUGUGAAGCUGGCUGAAGAUGGAACCGUCUUGCGAGCGACACAUGGAACCAAUGACCUCAGCACGGAAGACAUCAUUAAACAUUACGGUCCUAAGAGGGAGUGGGGGCAUUUCAACAGCCUCAAUACCACCUUCACACGAUCCGCAAAAUACUAUUUCUAUGACAACUACUUUGACCUGCCAGGGGCUCUCCUCUGUGGAAGAGUUGUGGACAUGUUGCAUAAGCGAGGAAAUGAGGUGAACUCCGACUUUUGGAAAGACAUGGUUGCCGCCAUCGAACACAAUUAUAAAACAUCUGCCUUCAAAGAGGAUGCAGGGACGUACUUCCCCAGUGUGAAGAGGGACCCGGGCCGGUACCUGCAGCCCUGCUCUGACUCUGUCAAGACCUGGCUGCGCAGCAUGAAGAGCGCCGGGAAGGUCGUCCUCCUCAUUACCAGCUCCCACAGCGACUACUGCAGGCUCAUCUGUGAACACAUCCUGGGGAAGGAUUUUGAAGAACUAUUUGACGUCAUCAUCACGAACGCUCUCAAGCCUGGUUUCUUCUCCUUGGUGCCUGAGCAGAGGCCCUUCAGGACCCUUGUGAACGAUGUGGAGGAGAGCGAGGGGCUGCCAUCGCUGGAUAAACCCGGCUGGUACUCCCAGGGAAACUGGCCGCACCUCCACGAGCUGCUGAAGACCAUGACGGGCAAACCAGAGCCCAAGGUCGUGUAUUUUGGAGAUAGCAUGAGGUCGGACAUGUUCCCUGCCAGCAGCUUUGGGAAGUGGGAGACAGUGAUGAUCGUGGAGGAAAUGGAGGGGGAGGGCGUCCCGAAGAGUGACGCAGCAAAAUGUAAUGAGGCCCAAGUGGAGCCAAUGGAGAAAAAGGGAAAGUUUGAGGCCCAGGGCAUGAAGGCUCCCUCUGACGUGUCCCAACAGUGGGGCUCCUACUUCGUGGACUCACACCGCAGCGGAGGAGGGGACGAGGAGAGCCAGAAACUGACCUGGUGCUGCCACUGCAUUCACACAUACAGCACCAUGGCCAUCCCCAGUGUAGAACACAUAGCAGAUCUCCCUCUGGAUUACAAGUUCCCCAGGUUUUCUCCUGACAAGCCCUGCACAACGGGCUACUACCCCCGGCCCCCAGAUUCUUUGCUGAAGAGGUGCGAGAGUCUGUCGUAAACCAAGAAAAAAGGGAAAAGUAAAAAAAAAAAAAAAAGUAAAAGUCCUCCCUUGCCCCUCGCCUCAGGAGAGGAAUGUCAGUUCCCCACCUGACCCCCGCCAUCUGUGGAGCACAGGAAGCAACCCCCCCCCCAUUCAGAGAAACCAUGUGAAUGUAAGCCACAGUAUCUCUGUAAUAACGCCGACAUUUAAAUGUUGUUUCGUGGUUUAGUGUUUGUGGAAAUAUGACAAAUAAAGUGUGUGAGUGUGUGUGUGUGUGUGUGUGUGUGUGUGUGUGUGUGUGUGUGUGUGUGUGUGUGUGUGUGUGUGUGUGUGUGUGUGUGUGUGUGUGUGUGUGUGUGUGUGUGUGUGUGUGUGUGCAUACAGUAGUAAUAGAGGUGUAGUGUUUAUUGUUUUAUGUGUGUGGCCAUUAUUAUUUCCAAUGGUAGAUUGUUUAAAAUCAGAAUUCUAUGAACUUCUCCAUAAUAAAGUGAACAUUUCACCGUCUCUUUAUCCGUGAAGUGAUUACCUCAAGAGCGUUACCUUCAGCUAUACCCGAUGGUCACUGUGUGUGUGUCCCUAGAAAUCCUAGGAGUCAUUGUAUCAGUAUUUCUGUUAAUGUGAAGUUCUUUUUAAAAAAUAGUUUCACUGUAUGCAUUUAGGUAACACAACAUUAGGUAUAUGGUCUGCUGUGUGCGUCUCGUGGAAGGUGUUAAUAUCAGGUCAUUGUUGCUGAAUAACUGGCACAAUGCUGCUCUCUGUGUUGGCUGUUUCAAAAACACAACUUUGGGAAACUUUUAAAAAUAAUAAUCAUAAUACAAAUGGAUGAUAAAGACUAUGCUAGAUGUUCUCUGUAGUCUUUUUGGUGCAACAGUGACAUGUGCUAUUUGAGUGAUUGUGUAAAACAUUGUGCUUCAUUCAUAUGCAGUACCACAUACACUUACUGACGUCUGAAUGGUGGCUGUGUCGGUGAGCAUAGAUAAGUUGUGCUAUAAUAUUGAACAAAAAAAUGUGGAAGUUUGCCAAGGGUCACUGAAGGUUUCACAUUUGCCUCUGUGUUGUGGGAAAUGUUUAGCCUAGCUUAGCGCUGGACCACUAGCCUCAGUCCAGCGGAUAAAGUGUAUCACUGGGUUCAUAGUAACUGAGAACUACACAGGAACUCAGGUGUGCAAGGUCCACAGGUUCAACAAUAGGCUGGUUUGCUACGGGUCCUGCCAGGGUGACUAAUUUCCUCUUGUGCUCAUGUACUAUGAAUGUUAGUCUCAGAGCGAUCCCAACUAGGGGGACCAGGUGCCGGCAGGUCACAUGUGGGUCGAAGAGUGUUUCUGUGCGGGACAAUGAGGGGGGUGUUGCUGCGAUGCAAGGAGCUAGUUUAUAUUUGAAUAUAAUUUCCAUCCUACCCUUAUAAUAAAUACAACGCCCCGCACAGUGUGUACGAUUGUUAUUUCCACUGCUGUUACCUUCUCUGUUUGGUAGUCCUCUUUUGGUUUUUCUUUAAGAGCCCGGCCUUUCUUGUGAGUUUCGCAUGUAGUUUCGCUUCAAAUCAUAUUCACCUCCAUGUGCAAUUGAAAUUAAAUGCAUAUUUUGUUGCUUGAUUGGCAUCUGACUCAGCUAAUGGUCACAGUCCUCUUUAGCUUUCUAACAGCCAUUGGAAAAAAGCCAAGUUUCAACUUUCUGAGUGACUGAACCAAAUGCUGGACAUCUCAAUUCGCGGUACACCUGGUCACCCAAUCAAAACAUACCAAAUACAUACUUCCCUUCUCUGCAUUGAAAGCGUCAGGCCUACUGCGUACAGUCACUGUACCUUGCUGUUGUCGGUCAUCCAUUUAAUUUUCUAUUUCCUAAACCAUACAACAUGUAAAUAAAACCAGUUUGGAUUUUUCUGAAAGGAUUCUGAUGGCGCCAAACAGGCUUCUUGGCUAGCUGCUAACUUGAAUACAAUACAUGUUCUUUUAGCCUUUGUGCUAAGCGGGCUAAACAUCCCAAGCCUAUGAUGAACACACAGCGGUGAUGCUGCAAUUAAUCCCUCAUCAGGCUCUGUGGAGGUCAACAAACAAGAGAAUUUCCCAAAUGUCCUUUUAACAUGGCUCUCACAAACUAAAAAUAACCUAUUUUGAGAAUAAGCGGCCCAGCACUGUCAGUAGGUGUGUGAGACUGGUCAGUAUUACUUUUGCUGAGUGUGCAAAUGUUUUGUGCAUACAGCUGUGGUGAUUGUACUUUUCUUUCCUCAUCUGAACAGGAACAUUUGACAUGCAUAUUUGCCUUAUGUUGGAGUCAUUUGUGGUCUUAAGGUUCUUGGAAAACACAGGGAAAGUUAUAUUCUGUGUUCCAGUGUUGGAGUACUGUCAAUGAAAUAAAAUUCAACACUUUUCUUACA